GGUGUGGUAUGCUCGCACAGAGGCGCGUACCUAUCAGCCCUAGCGAACGUGCUAGCGUGGGGACUCCAUGCGCUGCCAGGAGGGCAGCGCCCCGUGUACCUGUGGACGCUGCCUCUCUUCCACUGCAACGGCUGGACCUACCCCUGGGUGCUCGCCGCUGUGGCUGGCACGAAUGUUUGUUGCAGGGAGGUCACAGCGGCCAGCAUAUUCUCUCUCAUCCCGCGCCACCGAGUCACCCACAUGUGUGCAGCCCCCGUGGUGCUCUCCUUCCUCAUCCACGCGCCUGACUCCCUCCGCCUGCCCUUCCUCGCCGCCCAGCGCGCCCAGGGGCGUGGAGGGGGUGACUAUAGCGAGGGCAGAUGGGAGGGCAAUAGCGAGGGUAGCAGGGAAGGCAGAAGGGGUGGCUAUAGUGAGGGGAAUAGGGAGGGCAGCAGCGGGGGGGGGCAGGAGGCGAGGCGGGUACAUGUGAUGACAGCGGGGGCAGCGCCGCCACCAGCAGUGCUGGCGGGGAUAGAGGCGAUGGGGUUUGACGUGCUGCAUGCUUACGGGCUCACGGAGACGUAUGGGCCGGCUGUGGUGUGCGAGUGGCAGCAAGAGCGGUGGAGAGGGGCGGAUGAGAGCGAACGAGCGAGGCUGAAGGCUAGACAGGGCGUGCGGUGCAUGGCCCUGGAAGGACUAGCAGUCAUGGACCCAGUCACAAUGCGCCACGUGGCAGCAGACGGGCGCAGCAUGGGGGAGGUGAUGCUGCGGGGGAACAUGGUGAUGAAGGGGUAUGCCGCCGACCGGGGGGCUACUGAAGCGGCUUUUCGAGGCGGGUGGUUCCACUCGGGGGACCUGGCUGUCAUGCACCCCGAUGGGUACAUUGAAGUCAAGGGGUAUGCGGCUGACCCGGCUGCCACUGAGGCAGCGUUCCAAGGUGGAUGGUUCCACUCGGGGGACCUGGCUGUCAUGCACCCACAAUCAACUCAAGCUCCACAAGCACCACACCACUCGUAUCCCACCCUCCAUAUCUCCCACGUUAUGUUGCGCACCUCUGUCCUCCACCAGGAUCGCUCAAAGGACAUCAUCAUAUCGGGCGGUGAGAAUGUGAGCAGCAUAGCAGUGGAGGCAGUGCUAUACCGCCACCCAUCCGUGCUGGAGGCUGCAGUGGUGGCCCGCCCUGAUACCAUGUGGGGGGAGUCCGUGUGCGCCUUUGUGUGCCGCAAGCCAGGGCAGCAGCACGCGCGUGUGGGUGCUGGUGAGGCUACCACUCCCGGUACUCGCGUGUCUGCUACCCCAGGUGCUGGUGAGGCUGCUGCUCUAGGUGCUAGUGAGUCUGCCCCCCCUGGUACUGAGUCGACUGAGGCACUGCACACCUUCACACUGGACUCAGGUGCUUCUCGCUGUUUCUUUCGUGACCGCACUACCCUUGAGCCGCUUGCUCGGCCAGUUGCUGUCUCUCUCGCUGACCCCUCUGGGGGUCCGGUCAUUGCGACCUCCUCCACUGUCCUUCCUUGUCCUGCGGUCCCGUCGGGCACACUGUCAGGUCUCCACCUCCCCUCGUUCUCUACGAACUUGGUGGCAGGUUGUGCGCUCCAGGACGGGGGUGUUCACCAGUUCACCCCUGCCUACGAGCGCGUGACACACUGCACGUGUGCUCGGACGGGCCGUCACCUGGCUACCUUCACUCGGCAGCCGGGGUCGGACCUGUACACACUGACCACUGAGUCCCCUCAGGUAGCUGCGUCUGCGUCUGCGUCAGGUCAGCUGUCGGCCCCCUGCUCGUGUCGCUCUCUGGCGCACGAGACCGUCCUCUGGCACCACCGACUUGGUCACCCGUCCGUGCAGCGCCUUCGUGCCAUGCACAAACGGUACCUUGUCUCUGGUCUUCCCAGGGUUCUCCCUCCCCUCCCACCCUCGCCUGCUCCUCCCUGUCUUCCCUGUGUCGAGGGGCGGCAGCGCGCCGCUCCUCACUCCUCCUCGUUUCCCCCGACGACUGCUCCCUUGCAGACGCUCCACAUGGACGUGUGGGGCCCAGCCCGCGUCCGUGGUCAGGCUCAGCGAGCGUUUCCACUCGGACUUUCCUGUCCUGCGCUUGCACUCUGA